UAGCAUGUCGCAAAACAGAAGAUCGCGGCAGGUAUUUUGAGAAGAAGCAGAGACAUGGGAAACAACAGAACCACAUAUAACAAGAUUCGCACCCUGGUUACAAUUCAAUUCCUUCCAAGCCAGAAAUCCAGACAUCUAUCCAUCUCUCAGGAUCAGCAAGCUACACAGUCUACACAUCUUCCAAGACAAACCAACCACCACAACCAAAGCCAAUCAAAAUGCUCUUCUCAACCUCCCUCCUCGCCGCCUCCCUCACGGCCCUCGCCUCCAGCGCCGCCGUCCCACCAACCGACGCCCUCGACCCAGCCUUCUCCCUCCGCUGCCUCGACAAACCCAACCUCGACUGCAACGCGCCCACCCCAACCCCCCUCAGCCAACCCCUCCCGGGAACCUUCAACAUCACAAACUUCAUCUUCGGCUGCACAUCCGGCUGCUACUGGUACCUCGACGUCUCCGUCGAGAUCAACCCCGGAAACGUCUCAACCCCCGAACACCCCGGCUUCACAACUCCCGUCCACAUCCAAGGCGGUUUGGACGAGAACAAGGACUACGUCGUCAACGCCACUGCAGGCGAGAACCAAUAUGUCGGAGCGUACAUUGGAAAGGAGAGUGGAGUUUUGCAGUUGGAGUAUGUGGUUAAUGUUCCGGAUCAGUGGAACCCUAACGGCGGUGCUACCUACAACUACACUGCCGCUGUUCAGGUGUACGCUGCUACAAGCAACCAGGCCGAUCUGCAGGAGCCAAAUUUCCGUGUUGCGGAGCAGCAGGCUACUGGUAUUGCUUAGAUGACUGUGUUCAAUCAGCAAGUAUAGGAGCAAUCGGUACAGCAACAGACAGCAUUGGAGGAAACCAGCCACAAACAGAAUCGAGAAAUGGCACAGCAGUCUCUCAAUCAAUCUUCAAAUCUCUUCCUCUCCAUAAAUCCUCCCUCGCUACCUGUCUACUCCACAGCUCUGCUCCUCUCUGUACAUCCUCUUAAAGGAAUUCCUUGAUAUGUGUAGCAAGCUUCCCCUCGAAUCAGCUCUCCCAGCGAUUCGAUCCGAUCCUAUCGGUGAAACAUACAAUUGUGCACACGCAAAGACCUCUUCCCUUCAGAUCCCAACUCUCUGAGGGUUGGUCCAGCUGAUAUUUUCCCAUCUUCCUCUACCCCAAAGUUGAUGACAUACUAAGUGAGA